AUGGCCCAAUUGGACGCAGAGCCCAAGGCCCCUGUUCAGGCCCAAGGCAGCGAGGGCGAGGCCCCUGCCGCCCUCACCCCGGCCGACGAGUCGGAGGCGGAGAGCGAUCCGCCACCUGGGCUUGAGGACAGCGAUGAGGCAGUCAGCGACGGGGAAGUCGGCCGCGCCGCCGGGCCGCAUCAAGAAAGCUUGGCUUUGCGCAUGUUCCAUGCUGCGGCGCCGGCACCUGCACCCGACUCCUCUGCUGAGCUGUCCGGGAUCACGGCGGAGAUGGCGCGCCGCAUGGUGGCGGGCGCCCCCGCGGCCGCCAACAAAGUCGCCGCCCCGCAGCCGAAUCGCAGCCGGCCAGGCAAGCCGGCGGCAGGGCUGGGCGGCAGCAAGCGUGAGCGCAGCAGCCGCGUGCCCGCCGCCGCUAGCGGCCGCAGCUCGGCCAGCAGCAGCCACGAUGUGGAGGGUAUGCCUGACCUCUUAGUCACAGACGACGAGGAAUGCCAGCCGUCGGCCGCGCCUGCAGACCCGCCCUUGCCGCCGCUGCCUCCCGCCAGCGACGGCGGCUCUGCCAGCGAGGACGACGACGAUGCGCCGCCGCCGCUCUUGGGUGAAGCGCAGCCAGCCGCACCCGCCGCCGCGGCGCCGCUGGCCAACGGCACAAAGCAUGCAGAGGAGGAGGGGGAGGAGGACAGCGACGCGCCGCCAGACCUGGUGGACAGAAGCGACAAUGAGAGCGAUGGCUCGGGGGAUGAGUCGGAAGGAACGCCGCUGUCAGAAGGGGAAAGCAAGGGCGACGGGACAGACGAGCCGGCCGCGCCGCUGCAGCCUAGGAGCCCGCCGGCGGCGGCCGCGUCCAUGCCUGCCCGCCCGCUUGCCGCCUCCCCCUCCCCGGUGGCUCUCGCUGCCGCACCCUACGGGGCACAGUCGGAGGAGGAGGAUGGGGAGGAGCCGCCGCCGCUGGCCGGCACCGAUUCGGAGUCUGGCUCGGAAGGGGAGGGCGGCGAUGUGGAUACGCGGGGAGGCCGCGCUGCAGCAGCACCAAAGCCGGCCAAGCCUGCGGAAAAGCGGCCCCAGAGCGCCAACCAGGAGACUGCAUUGCAGGCCGAGGCGCGGCGGAAGGCCGAGGAGGAGGCCAAGAAGCGGGAGGAGGAGAAGGAGGCGAAGCGGCAGGAGCAGCUGCGGAGGCAAGCAGCGGCAGAGGAGAGGAGGCAGGAGGCGCGGGAGAAGGAGAAGAAGGCCAGGGAGGCCGAGAAGCGGAAAGCAAAGAAGGAAAAGCAGAAGGCCAAAAAGAAAGCAGCUGCUGCUGCUGCUGAGCCAGGCGAUGAUGGCGCCGGGCCCUCCUCGGCCCCCGCUGCAAACGCGGAGGCGACUUCACCCUCGGCAGCAGCAGCAGAAACGGCGGGCCCAGCCUCGCAGCCAGCCUCCCUUGACGAAGAAGCGGGGCCCUCAACAGACGGCCGUGCCUCUCCUUAUGCUAUACUGGAAGAAGCCUCUGCGGAAUCGGCUGCCGGAGACGCAGGGCCGACCAAGCUCUCCAAGAAGCAGCAGAAGAAGCUGAAGCAGCAGCAGGCAGCCGAGGCCGCGGCCGCGGCGGCUGUGGCCUUGGUGCCGCGCACACAGCCCGGCGUCGGCAACAGCAGCAGCAGUGCCAGCAGCAGCGCGACUGCCUCGCAAUCCACCAGCGCAACUGCUUCUCAAUCCACCAGCGCAACUGCUUCUCAAUCCACCAGCGCGACCGCCUCGCGAUCCACCAGCGCAGCUGCCUCGCGAGCCGUCAGCCCGCUGGGACCCGAAAUGCUGUCGCCGCCGGCCCCGGCUGCCGCUGCGGCGGCCCCCGCUGCGGCCGCGCCGCCCGCCCGCGCACCCUUGCCCACCGCUGCCGGCCCGCUUCCCGCUGGCGGCUCUGGUGCCUCCUCUUCUUCCGCUGCGGAAGCCCCCACCCCCGUCACUGUGCAGCGCCAGCAGGCUCAGAAGAUGAAUAUCAGCGGUACCAUGGCAGCCAAGCAGGUGCUGAGCAUCAUCGACGCGGCAGAGGCUGCCAACGACCUCAGCCAGCUGCAGCAGGCGGUGCAGCAGGGCGUGCAGUGGGCGCUGGUCCGCGACAACCCAAACGCUACCGAGGGCGACAGAAAGCAGGUCAGCCAGCGAUUGAAACAGACCAAGCACCUUUUGCGGGAAAUGAUGUCUCGGAUGAAAGGCGGCGGCGCCGGCGGCUCGGCCAGCGGCGGCGCCCCCUCCACCCCCGCCAGCGCCGCCCCCAGCGCCGCAAGCCGCGCCGCGCCGGCGGCCGCCCCCGCGCUGCUGCCGGGCAUGCCGCUGCCGCCCGGCGCGGCCGCUGCCGCCGCGGCCGCCGCCGGGCGCGGGCGCGGGCGCGGCGCGUACAACCCCUUGGCAGCCGGCGGCGCGGCCGCACCCCGUCCGGCGUACAACCCCUUGACUGCCAACGGGCAGGCCCUGGCCCCGCAGAGCUUCAUCCAAGGUUAUGCACCCCCCAGGCCGCCAGCUGGCGCGGCAGCCGCCGCGCGCGGGCCCGGCAACCUGCCUGCCAUGCCGGUGCCUGGCCGGGGGCGGGGCGGGGCGCCCGGGCGUGGCGGCUACCGCCCGCCCGGCAUGGCGUACCAGCCGCCGCCGGGCUUUGGGACCCGGGUGCCCGCCCCUCCGCAGUACGGCACCCCCCAGUACAGCGUGUGGCUGCAGCAGCAGCAGCAGGCGGCCGCGGCGGCGCAGCGCGCGGCGCAGGCGCGUGGCGGCGCGCCGCUGCCCCCCGGCGGCGCCGCCUCGUCCGUCAAGUGGGAAGCCCCCGCCAUGCCCCAGGGCUUUGAGCGGAGUGAGUCGCAGGCGGGCAUGAGCGCCAGCGCCAGCGCCUCCUCCCUCGAGGAGCCUGAUGAGGAUGAGUGCAUCGUGUGCAUGGCGGCAGAGAAGAGCGCGGUCUGCCUGCCGUGCGGCCACCGCAACAUGUGCAGCGCCUGUGCCAAGGAGUUUGUUGAGAAGAGCCACACGGAGUGCCCCGUGUGUCGUGUCGUGCUGGAGGGCAUCUUCUUGAUAGACCAAGGCAAAACCAUCCCUGUUCCCAAGGGCUGA